CAGUUCAGUGUUAUACAGAACGUUGUUCAGUCUACAUCAAUUUUAAUUGUGAUUUUUUCGGUAAAGUUCGUUGUGAUAAAAAUGGAAAACCCAAGCGAGUUUACUGAGAGUUGUCCUGAGUUUACCCAGGAGCAACCUAGCAAGGAGCAACAUACCCACCUGCCGCGUGUGAACGAGGUGGCCCAAAAGUUUCUCGCCGAUUUGGACGAGGAGCGCAAGCGAUUGUCCGCGGAGUUUCCACUUUGCGCACUGCUAAUCGACGAGGCUGUGGACCGUGUCUACGGCACUGGUCGUAUUCCCGGCAAGGAGCGCUUCGCAGACGUGUACCAGCAGAAGCCGAUGAAGAUUACCCAAAAGGUCUUCGUGCCCGUUAAUCAGUUUCCCAAGUUCAACUUCGCUGGCAAGAUCCUCGGGCCCAAGGGGAACUCACUGCGUCGCCUUCAGGAGGAGAGCCAGUGCAAGAUUGCCAUUAAGGGUCGCAGUUCGAUCCGCGAUCGUAACAAAGAGGAGCAGCUGCGCAGCUCCGGCGACCGGAGAUAUGCCCAUCUUGAGAAGAAUCUCUUUCUGGAGGUCAGCACGGUGGCCCCUCCGGCGGAGUGCUAUGCCCGCAUAGCCUACGCCCUGGCCGAGAUCCGAAAGUAUCUUAUUCCAGCCGAUAACGACGAAGUUUGGCACGAGCAGCAGCGCGAGCUGAUGAAAAUGAAUCCCGAGUUGGCCAAAAACACUAAAGGACUCAAUCUGCCGGCCUACAGAUCUGUCUUCGACGAGACAUUUGGAGGCAACAGAACUGGGGUUCCCAAGUACAACAACCUGAUUAAGCGAGAUAAGGAAAAUCCGCCCGAAGUCGCCGAUAUGGAGAAGGUGGCCUAUAAACAUCGUAUGCCCCCCAGUCGUCCGUCUGUGGGCUAUGAGAACAGAAUACCACGUCCAUCAAUAAGAACCACAAACGCUGCGCCACUAAAACGUCCAUAUCCGUAUCCGACUGACGUGAAUCGCAUGCGCGAAACGCCCAUCAAGUCCUAUAAACCCAAUCCUGGUAUAUGGACUUAGGUUAUACAAUCCGUGGGAGCACAUAAAAAAUACUUAAAACAAGAAGCAGCAUUCAAAAUGAUGCUAUCAAUGAAUAAACAUUAACUUUCUAUGAAUUAUAAAAAACUAAUAAAAUAAAACGCAUUGCUUGAAUUUUAUAAAUUCUUUGCAAUCCGAUCUAACAAUA